AUGAUUCAUCCCAUAUAUGAUGACCCAUUGCUGUGGUUACGACCGUUUCCUGCUGAACCCCGGAAUCUACUGGAGAAACAUUGGCAUGAAAUAGCAAUCUCUUUUAUCUUCUAUCAAGUGCUAUACUACUUGAGUGCACCGAUUUGUGCCUAUAUUUUUGGGUCUCAUUAUACACAUGAAAUCUCAAAGAAGCAAAGGAUUAAUUUUGAUAUCCAUGUCGUUGCCCUUGUGCAGUCGUUUAUUUCCAUCUUGUUGACCCUGCCGCUGUUUAAGGACCCCAUGUGGAAAGAAGAUCCAAUCUUUGGACACACGCCUUUUUCCAAUCUUGUUUCUGCUCUGACUGCAGGUUAUUUUAUUUGGGAUUCAAUUGUAUGUAUCCAGCAUUUCAAAAUGUUUGGGUUAGGGUUCUUAUUACAUGCCUUUGCCGCAUUGUAUGUGUUUAUGAUGGCUUUCAAGCCAUUUUGCCAGCCAUGGAUCCCAGCAUACCUUAUCUUCGAAUUAUCUACUCCAUUUGUGAAUAUCAACUGGUUUAUUGCAAGAUUACCUGACGGUUAUGUCUCUACUAAGUUCACUGUUAUCAACGGUUUGCUCCUAAUGGUUACAUUUUUCAGUGUCAGAAUUGUGUGGGGACUCUAUGCAGUUGUUCAAACAUUUGCAGAUUAUUGGCCAAUAAGAGACCAAGUUCCUGGUUGGCUGGCAUUGCCGAUUUUUGCAUUAAACUUGUUGCUGGACGUCUUGAACAUGUACUGGUUUUACAAGAUGGUCCUAAUUGCCAAAAAGAAAUUCAAAAAGUCCAAGAGUAACGACGAAAAGCUUAAGAAAAGUAAAUAA